GAGAGAUUCGUCUUAACCCCAAAUCUUUCCUUUACAUCAACACACGCAACACGAGGGGUUGUGUACAUCAAGAUGCGUCUUGAAAAGUGUUAUUACUGCUCUUCUACUGUAUAUCCCGGUCACGGAAUACAGUUUGUAAGGAACGAUUGUAAGAUUUUUAAAUUCUGUCGAUCAAAAUGUCACAAAGCAUUUCAGAAGAAGAGAAACCCAAGGAAAGCUCCAUGGACCAAGGCAUUCAGGAAAGCUCAUGGCAAAGAACUUACAAUCGACCCAUCGUUUGAAUUUGAAAAGAGAAGAAAUGUUCCUGUUAAAUAUGACAGAGAGCUUUGGCAAACCACAUUGAAAGCCAUGCAGAAAAUUCAGGAGAUCCGGUCACGAAGGGAGAGACAGUUUGUUAAAAACAGGUUAAAGAAGGGUAAAGAACUGAGAAAGGAAGCUGACAUCAAGGAGGUUGAGAAGAACAUCCAUCUUAUUAAGUCACCAGCAGCUCGGUCGGCACAGAAGGAGAAGAAGUUGGUUGAGGUGAUUGUGGAGGAUGACGAUGAAGACAUGGAGGAGAACUAACAAUGCACAACAGUGUCAGCACACAGGAUGGAGAGAUUUCAUUUCAUGCUCAUCAUGAAUAUACACAUCAAGGCUUAUUGAUAUGGUCUUUGUUCAGACAACUGACAUGACUUGUGCAGAAAAAAAUUACAUGUAUUCAUGAUAGUAACUCUUCAGGUGAAAGAGUGUUUUUGUCAUGUGAAAUUCACUAUUUCUCUGUUGAAAGAUGCUUUGUUUUGAAAAAAAAGUAAAUACUUUUCACAUGGUGCACGAAACAUGUUUAAUCAUAGUAAUGUUUUGACAAUUUCUUGGUGUGAUGAAGAUUGUGUUGCAACCUCAGAUCGUUCACUUUCUGAAACAAGUUCAUCUUCCAUAGAAUCAGUAGUGUGGGCAAGUUUAAAUAAAGAUAACUUAAGAUCAACAUAUUGUGCAUAGCCAGGGUCGAGGCUGUGUUUGUUUGGUGCAUCCUAGGAGUCAAUGCAAAACUAUAACCCUGGUUUGCUGGGAGUAAAAUUUGAAAUGUAUUGCUCUUGGCCAUUUUUGUGGACAUGAGAAUAAAUUAUCACAGUACAAAA